AUGCAGGCAGCAAAGCCUGCGCAUCCUACGCAGUUUAAAUUUGUCAUUGGCGGUCGGCCGCAGGAGCUGAAAGUCGACGCCAGUCGCAGACUUCGAUCGUACCUGUCCAAGCGGGCCUGGAGGGAACACCGCGCACAGUACGAGCAGCAGCCACAGAACUCGUCUUCUUCCACACCCCAAAGCGAGGCCCAGCGCUCAAGUAGCAGCAUCCGAGAUGGCGACGCCAAGCCUGAGAGGAAACCAGCUGCCACAAAGCCAAGUCGCCGCAGGAGAAACAAGCUUCAAACUGUCACCUUUGAAUAUAUUGGAGCCGGCCCAGUUGCACCACCAUCUGCCUCAACAUGGGGGACCACCCAAGAUGUAACGGGAGUCGUGGAGCUCGACGGCUUCCCUGGAGACAGGCUGCUUCAGUUAUUUGCACAGAGUCUCGCCAGGUCACCUCCCAUGGAUACGCACUUUGGGGGUGGUCGUGUAGAUCCCUUCAGAUCAUAUCCGGGCCCAUGGCAGCCUUACAUCCCUGCAUUGGCAGACCACUUACCAUCAAGACGCAGCAUGUUCCAAUGGCUCGCUUUGAAUAUAUGUUCACCGUCACGUCACAUAGAUAUUGUACAAAUGGCCAGAGACAUCCCCGAACUGGACCAGCCGGGCAACAGGGGCCUUCUAAGGUCCAGAUGGUUCCCUCUUGUUCUCUCGGACAACGCUCCGUUCCAAGUGGUGAUGCUCCUUGCCGCAGCCAACUACGCCUCCGUCAACAACAUCAGCACUCUGGGGUGUCACAUCCUCCGGAUGAAGCACGACGCCAUCACGGCCAUCAACAACACCUUCAAGGACGACAGGAUGCUAGCAAGCGACUGCCUCAUUGGGGCCGUUGCCAAGAUGGCCAGCUUCGAGGCCAUGCACGGCGACGUACUCUCUUACCAAACGCACAUGGAGGGACUGAUUCGCAUGCUAGAACUGAGAGGCGGGCUGGACUCGUUGGGGCUUGGCGGCCUGCUUCGCCGAAUCGUGGUGUGGAUUGAUCUCAACUCUUCAUUCCUGCUGAAUAUUCCGCGGUACUUUCCCGGAACCACCUUCACGGGUGUUGAAGAGAGGGAAGUCACGGACAUUGUGGAACCGAAUCCAGAACGGUUUAUCGCGGUGUAG